GUAUCUAAGGACAAGUGACUUUUCAAACGUGGGUUAAACUGUUUCGUGAUACACCUGUUUCUGCUUUACAUGUGAAUUAAUUCUAGUGUACGUAGCAUCAUUGGAAUACAAAAAUACCAACGACUUCGAUGCGUGGUAGCUAAAGUAUACUAUCUGAUCAAGUAGUGCUCCAAUAAAGUCAGUUUUAUCAUUUCUUUUUAUUUUAUUAUAAAAUGUAUGCAAGACUACUAGUUUCUGUAACUUUUAUCCUUUUUUUCAAAUAUGUACUUACCUUGAUCGAUGGUACACCUGUUAACAAUAAUUUCUUUAUUACAUUAAAUCUAACUCUAGUAGGGAAUGGUGCUAAUCGUGAAUAAUCCUACUAUUGCACCAAAAACGUCCACUGUUCUAUCAGUAAAAGAUCCCAUUUGUACUACUGGAGGAUGUGUAGGUUCUUCUGAAGAUAAGAUUGCCAUUCCAACAGCCGAAAAAUUAUAUAUUUUGAAUCCUCACUCAAAGAGAACGUAAACAGAUCUGUUCUCUUUCCUUAUGAACAAAUGAAUCGAGACAUCUUGAAUCUCAAGAAUGGAGCUCGGUUAGUUUCCUGGAGUCCAAGAGGAGUUGACAAAUAUGAAAGGUGUAUAAUGAGUUUAACAACAAUGGAAAAUCGGUCAUUUUUGUGCACACUUAAAGGAACUGAAUCUUGGGAAGAAUCAGUCGAUCUAUCAUUAAUUUGGCAGCAAUACUAUGUUGAACAUGGUAGGAUCGCGCAAAGUCGAAAGGUGGUUGUUGAUAGUCGACCACAGUUUAUUUUCCAACCUACUGAAUGUAGUAAUAUUCCAUCAUUAAUAUGUAGAAAUAUUAUGGAUUAUUUCGAUGCAAUAGAAGAUGUUAUAGUUGUUUACACAAGUUGGUGUCAGAUAAUUCGACAACCUCAAAUAAAAUCCACCAAUUCAAUGAAUUUGAAAACUGCACUUUGCUUAAACAAUAACAGGUCCUAUUUCGUGAUACCAGUUGACACAACUCAACUUGUCACUGAAUCAUUUUCAUUAUGCCCAGUGACAUUUUUGGCAGUCUUAAUGAAAUCUGGUGCAUUCUCUAUAUGGAUGGUUUCAGUACCAUUUUCUGGAGUGUCAUCAAUGUCAUUGUUGUGGGUAGAUUAUACAUACACUGUCGUGCGCAGCGAUUCGAUGGAUAAGCACCCAAACUAUAUCAAACUUUAUGAUUUGGAUAGUCUCAAUCUCUUACUUGUUUUGGGUUUUACUGAUGGUUCAGUGAAAGGUUUAGUGUUUCCUAUUGAAUAUUCUCCAACUGGUAUUCUGGUAUUAACAGUACCUUAUUUAUUCAAUCUAUGGACAACUUCAUUGUAUCAUGUAACCAUUUUAGCAUCAGCCUGGUCAAUGUCUCGUCGUUUAUUAUGCAUUGGCUAUGGUCGUCAUUUGUUAUUAUUUCAUAUAGCUAAGGAAGAUUUAGAGAUUUGUUUCCAACAACAGAACCAGCACCAAGAACAACCAAGUAGCCUAUCAACACCAUGUCGUGGACGAGAUCCACUGUAUUUGGUUAAAAGCCAAUUUGUUAGUCAACCAAGUCCUAUUUUAGGCUAUAUUACUGGUAUGCAUUUGGACAAUGAACAGUUAUUACUGACUAGUGUGGAUGGUUACGUAAUGCGCACCAGUCUUGAUGAAGUGUCUGAAUGUAAGUUGAAUUGGCAAGUUGUUUGGUGUAGUUCUAAUUACGAUAAAUCUGAUGUAAUCCAUUGGGAAUUUCAUGGAUUAUCAGUUUCAACGAAUGGGGUUUAUAUAUGUUUUCUUGAAAAACCAUGCAAUUAUUUAGAUAAUAAUCGUGCACGACGCAGUGCUCUACUUUCACCUAGAGUCCAUUUUUUAUCGUUUUGGUCAAAUGAUAGUUUACAAGAAAUUAUAUUUAACCCUGAAUUACCUUUGAAUCGCAAAGUUGAUUGUUUACAAGAGUUACUACAAAGAUGGCAUUUAUCAAACGACAAAGUUGAUAAUUCAUCUAGCAAUACAACAGAUUUACGACAGAUAUGUUUGGAGAAAAUUGAUUUUCACCAGGCUUGUCUCACUGAUUCUUCGUUUCCUCAUAGUUGGUUGAAUAAGCCACUUACAACGCUUCAAAUUUACAGGUUUAUUCUGUGUAUGCUCAACAAAGACACCGAUGAAUCUGUCAAAUCCCGUGCACAACUUUGGCUGACUAAUUUAGAUAAUUUUAUCCAACAACGUCAUUUGGAACGAUGUUUUCGUUUAUUUCUUAAAUGUUCUAUACAAAGACAAGCACGUGAUUGUUUAUUAGUUUCACAAAUGGCCACAAUAACUUUAAAUAUUUUCCGACCAACGUCACAAACAUUGACUAAUACACCUAGCACUACGACAACGACGACGACCACUACCUCUACCACCAUUGAUGCUGUAUCUAGUUGUAUAUCUAAUAAAAACGAAGAUGAUACAAUGAUUGUCAAUGGAACUUCGAAUAAAUAUAUAUGUUUUGUCAAAGAUUUACCUCAAUUAGCUAGAAAUGUUCACCAAUUAGCUAUACAACUCUAUGUGCAUCGUUUUAAAUUUCCAUAUGAAAAUAUCACCAAUCAAUUACAGAAAUGUCCAAUAUGCUCAGAAAAUGUCAUUCCGGACCUAAUUUAUUUGAAUUGCUCUCAAAACCAUCCAUUUGAGCGUUGCAUGCAAUCUCUGGAACCUUGCAUUGAUCCUAUGUUUCGUCAUUGCAGUCGGUGUAAUCGUGUAGCUCUUAGCGUAUCUCCUCAAGAUCGUUUAUCCGCUUGGCGUUCAAUGAUACUUCAUCCAAUGUGUAUAUAUUGUGAUUUACCAUUGACGUGGAAAGAAUUCUAAUGCUUUAAUUUUUAGUCCUUGAAUAUACCGACAAGAUCUCAUGUUUUAUUUCAUCUAUAUAUAAAUGUCCAUUUCAAAUUCGAUUUUUAUUCUGUAUUGUCGAAUGUAAAUUGUAAUAAUGAUGUUAGUACU